AUGGCGGACGCAGAGCCAACCUCAAGCAUGGAGAAGCGCCUGCAGGACCAGCACGACGAGCUCUUGCAGCACCUGGAUGCGUGGUUUGAGAAGAUCGACACCUCCAUCAGUCACCUGAGCACGCAACCAAUGAAAAUGUACAGAAGCUCCGAGUAUUCCUACCGUCCAUCAGGGGCUUCUUCCAAGCAACACGAAGAUCGUGACCAGCACGAUGAGAACGUCGCCGCGCAGGAGCUUUGGGGCCGAGCCGAUACAGAUCGGAGCGCCAUGCGCGCCAUGCCCACCGGUGAACUCCGCAACUCACGCACUGCUAUGAAGAGGCUGGACAGCUACCACGUGGCUGUGAUGAAGUCCAAUCGGAUAGCAGAGGCCUUCAGGAGGAUAUGGUCGAAGGAUGGCUCAGGCAGCUCAAUGACACCACACCAGCAUCAGAAGCAAAGCGCUUGGGGAAGGUGGAAGCUGUCGGUCCGCGAGUACUGUGCGAACAUCAUUCAUUCGCAGGCGGCGACUAUUUUCUUCGCUGUCACAAUACUGACAAAUUCCAUGUUUCUGGGCAUUCAGCUUGAGUGGCGUUCGCAGCACCCAGGCAACACAGAUGCCGAGUUUUUCUUUGCUGCGCUCCAUACAACCUACGCUGUGUUGUUCACGGUGGAAGUGCUUCUGAGCUUGAUUGCAGAUGGUUGGUGCGGAUACUUCUUCUCUAACAGCUGGACAUGGAAUUGGCUCGACGUCUUUGUAGUCCUCUCAUCUUGGACGGAGCUGUUGCUGGAGUUCCUUCAGCCAACAGGGUCCCGAAGCAUCUCCAACAGCAACCUGCGACUUGUGAGGGUGCUCAGGGUGGGCCGCCUCCUGCGGGUCCUGCGCGUGCUUCGCGUGGCGCGUGUGUUCAAGGCACUUCGCACGCUGGUGCAUUCGCUGGUGGACACCACGAAGCAGCUGAUCUGGGCCAUGCUUCUGCUGGCCCUCAUCAUGUAUAUGUUUAGCAUUAUGUUCACAGACAUCGUCUUGGAACACGUGGCCGAGACUCCCUCGCCGGGAGAGCCAGAAGCAAAGAUGGAGGAGUACUUCGGAACACUCUACCGAUCCUUUUCCACCCUCUUCCGCGCACUCCUGAACGGCUUCAGCUGGUACGAGGCGGCUGAUGCGCUGCUGCCCUUGAACAUGUACUGGGUUCAGAUGUUCCACUUCUACAUUGCGUUUUGUCAGUUUGCAGUGUUGAAUGUCAUGACGGGAGUCUUCUGCAACAGCGCCAUCAAGGCCGCGGAGAAAGACCACGACCUAGUCGUGCAGUCCUUGUUGCAAAAUCGGCAGGAGUUUCGCGCAUUGGUCAACGACCUCUUCUACCGGAUCGAUGAGCGCGGCUUGGGCAAGAUAACCCUCACCGACCUCGAGAAGAACCUGGGUGAUGACACCGUGAAGGCCUUCUUCGAAUCCCUGGAGCUUGGUGCUGUGGAUGCCUGGACGCUGUUCUUGAGUCUCGACGUGGACGGUGACAGCCUGAUUAGCAUCGACGAAUUCAUGGAGAGGUGUUUCUCGCUGCGUGGGCCGGCGCGCUCGGUGGACCUGUACGCCCUUCGACGGCAGAAUGUGAAACUUCGGGAGCAGUUGCAUCAAGUCGAAGAUUUGCAGCAACAGAUCAUGGCUCACUUCAACGCCUCGUGGCAUCACCACAGCGCCCGCAGCGCUGCCGAGAUUAAAGACACGGUCUCCAUGUGA